AUGAAUAACGAGAAGGCGCAACUGUUGCGCUCGGACAGCAUACAACGGCAGUUUGCUGCGAUUCUCGCCGAUGCUCAGAAGCAAUAUGCCAGCUCUACGGGCCUUGACCUCAAAGACUAUAUGAACCCGCCCAUGAGAUCAACCGAGGACCUCCUGAAUGUCAUCAACCGUCAAAAUGAACAAUUUCAGAGUUUCCGAGAGAAGCGUCAGACCCUUUUUCAGGUCCUGUCCACCGCAUGCAAGCCUCUUGAGGUCGUCGGUGAGGCGUUGGUAGGAGCGUCGGCAGAUAUCUUCCCUCCCGGCCAGACCAUCUUUGCCGCAGUUGUGUACUUGAUCAACGCCGCAAAGGACGUCUCGGCAUGCUACGACUCCAUUAUAGACCUAUUCGACCAGAUGCAGGACUUCACAGUCCGGCUAAAGUUUUAUGUUUCCCAAAGGAUGUCGAUCGAACUUUAUGAUAAGGUUGUCAAGAUUCUAGUCACCAUAUUCGAGAUCUUUAUCCUGGCCACACAUGAAGUCCGGAAGGGACGUCUCAAAUCCUACUUCAAGCGCUUGUUUGGGAGUGAAAGCAAAGUGCCUGACGCCAUGAAGAAGUUGGCUUCUCUGACCGAGGGUGAAGAGCGGCUCGUUAUUGCAGAGACCAGCGCUGGCGUGAAACGGUCCCUCUCGAAUCAAGAACGACUCCUCGAGAUGAUGUCAAGAGUAGACGUCAACGUCCAAACUUUGCGCACAGAAACUCGAGUACCCCAAACAAAGGAACAGGCCCUCUCGUCGAAUCGGGAUAAACUCAAGGGCAUCUUACAGCCAUCCGUAUAUCCGGAAGAUACCUAUUUUGCGCUUAAUAGGACCAGAACACAAGGCACCUGCGACUGGAUCCUUGAAGACCCCUCACUGAAGGAUUGGUUAGCUGGUAACAUUCGUUUCCUCUGGAUAUCCGGAAAUCCUGGAACAGGAAAGUCUUAUCUCACUUCUCGUCUUGUCUCUUGGGGUCAAGACCUGCUUAACAAGCAGGAAACCAAUAACAUGAUGGGAUACUUCUUUUUCCGCCAAAACAACCCGGAGUCCCGUUCCAUGACGCAAGCGCUUAGAGACAUUGCCUACCAGGUCAGCGAACAGGACGUCUUCUAUGGAAAGCAACUCAUCCGCGAAGUCUCCACAAGUGACGAAAUCAAAACUGUACCUAGCGCAUUCAGAAAGUUGCUUGUUGAGCCCUGUGUGCCUGACAAAUGGAAAAGACACAUUUAUGUGUUGAUGGAUGGCUUAGAUGAGGCUGACCCUCGCGAAGUGAGGGAGUUUCUGUCGUUGUUGGACGAUCUCAACCAACAGUCAGAGCAUGGGACAAGAGUGCAAGUCGCCCUGAUCGGGCGAACGUCACUCUCAGACGACAUUAUGGACUACCUCGGAAACGACUCAACAGGUGGCCAGCAGGUUCGCACUUUACAUGUAACACCAGAUCGGAACAGUUCAGACAUUGUGUCUUACAUAGUCGAGGGGGUAAAUUCCGCCCGAAUCUUACGAGGAUCGACGGAAGACUUCAAAGAGAGUAUCGUCGAGACCAUGACGAAGCAAGUGGAUGGCCUCUUCAUUUUGGCCAAAUUUAUGCUUGCCGAACUCAACAGAAUACGGCAUCCGAGAAGAAUUAUCGACAGCUUGCAGUCUUACCCCAAAGAGAUCAACGGCAUGCUGAAGAAAGCUGUACUGGGUUUCAGUUCAUCCAUCACGCAAGAGGAGGCAGAUGAUCUAAACGAAAUUCUACGUUGGAUUUCAGUAGCUGAAAUGGGUCUCACGCUAGAGCAAAUUGAGUCCAUCUUGACGCUCAAGAUGGGCGAUGCUCCAUUUAGGCUCGAGGAGUCCCUCAGAGGGCAGUUCUCUUGCUUCUUCACCCUUGAGCGCGAAGACGGGCUGUCAACAGCUGAUCUUGCCGACCGACACGAGCUCCAUCGUCGACUCACCUCUAUCGAACUGGACCCGAACAAAAGGACCAGCCCUGACUUCUUGGACGCGGAGAGAGAUAUCGAAUACUUCUCAAACAAACGUACGACUUAUGUCAACUUCUUCCACGCCUCAGUUAAGGAGUUCUUUCGAGAAGACGUGUCUACAGAUUUGAGGGCAGAUGUGCAUCGCCCUUCUAUCGGAUUCAAGCUGACCGACGCAAGACUGCACGUCCUCAAGACCUGCUUGCGGAUCUUCACUGACCCAACAUACUUCACUCUUGGCGAAGAAGGUCUGUCAUUGCAACGAUACGCAGCUUGGUAUUGGCCAGAGCAUCUAGAGGACGUCGACAUCACAUCUAUAUCCGCAGCCGAGAAGGCCGACAUCGGCAACCGCCUCUAUAUCAUGCUGACCGAUCCGACGAUCCUCUUGACAUGGACGAACUUGUUCGAGGAGAGUUUGGAUAUUUGGACUGACCAUAACAUUGAAGUCGUCUCUCGGUGGCUCAAAGACGCGGAUGUUACAAGCACUCUCGCUGCCGAGCAAAAGGCCUGGGUCAGUGUGGCAGCGACAAGUCCGGUCGUCCUUCUUGAGCCUAUGGGAAGGACGUUUGCCAAGGCAUGGCUUGUGGAGGGGUUUGGCAUGUACAUGCCAACCCUGUUCUGUUUCGGCGUCGUGCAAUCUCUGCCUCUUAUGGAGGAUGGUGCAAAGUGGUCCGAUUCUGAAUUUCACUGGCAGGAAGUGCCCCUAGAGACCAGAAUCCAGCAGGCGGCUGAGUGGGCGAAUCAUUCCAAAACUGGACACUGGUAUCGAAGAAUCGGCAGUACUUUCCUGAGCUUGGGAGAACAUAUGAAGGCGCUGGAUUACUUUGAAAAAGCGCUUGCUGAGGAUUCUAACAUUGUUGAAAGCUGCGGUCGCAUGGGUUUGUGCCAUUUUUUGAAUGGAAACUACGAAAAGGCUCUCAAGCUCCAUCUUAUGUGCGAGGUUGUUGAGCAAGAUCGCAUGGCAAAAGGCUACUACAAGACGGACCAGGAGCUCAAGACGGCGAAAUGGCGGCUCUACAAGAACCAGGCUCAGAUCGCCGAGUGCUACAACUACAUGAAGCGGGUUGAGAGUUCUUUGGCGUACUGUCGUAAGGCAAUGAGAAACGUCUAUGACGCCCCAGAGUUUGAGCCAGAAGUCGCCUUCAUGAGGGUUCUGACCGAAAACAAUCGAGUGACGGAGAUGAUGGGUCUGUUUGAGGAGCUGGACGGUCGUUACACUGAGAGGGGCAACUCUCGAUUUGUGUUGUUUCUUUUGACUCAGAUUCCCGAUCAGUCCGUCAAGGACUGGUUCCCCCAAGCGGCUGCUCGAACAGGCAAGACGGACGUGCUUGCGGACCGGUACGUGUACGGCAUCGAAUCAGCACACGAGGCGCAAGACUCCUGGAAAGAGUUCUACCUGCGAAACGCUCUGGGUAAUGUCUACAUGGCGGCACAAGAGUACGACAAUGCCAUCUCCAUUCAGGAAAGUAUCUGCUUCCUCGAGUAUAAGGCGAGAGGCAGCUUAGCCGUGCGGGUGGAAUACAUCGCGUCUUUCAAACAGCUUGCCAGGGCGUACUCUCUAAAAGCGCUCAAGGCGGACGAAACAUUGCGGUCUGAAGCCCUAGAACCUUGGGUCAAGAAGCUUGAAAAGCUCAUGGAGCAGCAGGGCAAGUAUCAGAACAGAAACGUACCGUUGCACAUGGCUGGCUUCGACUUUAAUGAAGCCUCGAUCUUCUUGAUCCUUCUCUAUCGUCUGCGACACAGGGAAGCGGAAUCCCGUCGGCUUCUCGGAGGCAUGGUGUCUGACAGUCUCGAACUUCUGGAAGAUGAUGAACCACAGAACGACGAAAUCAGCAUUCGCCACCUCCAGCGCAUGCUUAUUGCUGCUGGUGAUAAGGUGAAUGCUCAGGCUCUUUGGCAAUCAACUAGGACCCCUCCUUUGCCCACCAACCUCUCUGGUCACUUAAUCAGUGAGAGAAGACCCAGCUCACCCCGUAUCGGAGGUUUGUCUCCCAGGAGACGCGGCAAGCAAAUUAGCUUGACCAAAGUCUUCUCAGAGGGUGAUCCUCUUUCCUGUGACCACUGUCUCAAGAGGUUUGAGCGAUCUGACAAGAUUGCCGUGUGUUGGUACUGCAUCGACUUAAAGUUAUGUCUGCCCUGUCUUGCAGCCGUCAAGAGCCAGAACUUUUCGCCGGGGCACGCCUCCGCCUGCAGGCCGAGCCACGACUGGCUCAUCGUGCCGCCUUUGCCGAGGGAUCUACAACCGGGAGAGAUUCUGGUUGAUGGUCAGACUCAGACGCUGGGCGAAUGGAAAUCGACGUUGCGGCAGAAGUGGGUGCAGGCCAAGCCUGCCACGGGUCUCGGGAUAAUGUAA